UGUCAAUACUGUCAUAAUUGCAUUGUCAAUAUUCAUUUCGGAAAACAAACAUGUUAAAAUUUCGACUGUAAACACCCCUUUUCAAUUUUUGUAAUUUUAUGUGUCAUAUAAAAUCACCAUUGUAGAUAUCACUUGAAAUAGUCUGAAGAUGAGCGGUAACCUAGCUCCAAUUCUACAUGUAAUUGUUGUUGGUUUCCAUCAUAAAAAAGGGUGCCAAGUGGAGUUUUCUUUUCCACCUCUAGUACCAGACUCUCCAAAUGAAUGCCCCCCAGGUUGGAAAUAUUUGCCAACUCUUGCCUUACCAGAUGGAUCUCAUAAUUUUGAUGAAGAUACUGUGUAUUUCCAUUUGCCAAGCCUCACUAAGCCUAAACAAACCAUAUAUGGGAUAUCAUGUUUCAGGCAAAUCCCAGUGGAGAAACUGAAGAACAAGACUUCUGACAUUACUAGGGGGACUGUUCAAAAGUCUGUUUGUGUUUUGAGCAGAAUACCUCUAUUUGGUCAAAUUCAAGUAAAAAUGUCAUUAAUAACACAUGCAUAUUUUGAAGAAGGAGAUUUUAGUAAAAUUUCCAUAUUAGAGGAUACUUAUCACCACUUGAAUUCAGUUUUGAUGCACAAUGAUUUGAAACAGCAAUUAUUUGUGGAUCUAUCCGCCAGAGAUUUUGUACUACAGUGGAAACACAAAGCAUUACUGUUAUUCAAAUUGUUACUUUUGGAGAAACGUACAGUUUUCUUCAAGUCUCCAGUGCAUCCACUAUGUUGCAGUAUAUUAACAUUAGUUUCUCUAUUUCCUCAUAUGCUUGAAGACGGAUUAGAAGAAUCUGCUUGUGUUAGACUGUCGAGACCUAUGUCACCAAUGCCUCAGUUAUCAGAUGACGAACUAUCACCCACAUCAGUAAAAGAGUUCCCAACCUUGCAGAUACAAAUCGAGAAAGAAUCCCCAAAUUCUGAGGAAACCUUCGAGAGAGAAAAGGAUAGUCCGCUCUUUAAUAAAUCAGCAAAUAUAUCCCCCGAAAUAGGAGACGAACUGAACGAAUCAAACACCUUGGAGGGCAAGAACCCGAGCUCCGAAAACUUGAACGACAACGCUAGGAGAGAGUCCAGCAACUCCGAUCUGGUGUCUCCUGACGUUGCACACAAGAACAUGUCGUUCCUAGCGCAGUUAUCCAGUGAAACCUGUGGAUUUCCCCUGUACAUCUUCUCCAGAGGCUUCCUGUGUCUGCCCUACCUAUCACUGCCAUAUUUAGACUUAUUGACAGAUGUCAACGUUAGAGGUUAUGUAGUAGGUGCUACCAACAUCCUGUUCAAGCAGAAGCGCCAACUGUACGACGUGUUGGUCGAUGUGGAGACCAGCAAGAUCGAAUGCCAGGACUUGGAGUUGCGAAAGCUUCUACAUCUGACCACGGAGGAUUUGAGGUUUGCCGAUUACAUUGUCAAGCAUGUCGCUGAGGAAAAGCAGGAUGUUUUUCUGGACGGUGUCGGUUGGGAAGGUGGUGAUGAGUGGAUUAGGGCUCAGUUCAGGAUAUAUCUGAUGUGCCUGAUGAGAACUUCACUCAUACACGACAAUUGUAUAGAGGUGAAUCAUUUCAAUUAUAACUUUGUCACCGCUUGGAGAGAAACUCACAACUACAAGAUGUGGCUGAGUGGCAUCAACCCAGGUAUUUUGGAUGUUUCCGCUGGUCACCCUUUUGCAGGACAACUGUCUGUAUCGGAUAUGAAACUCAGAUUUGCGCACACUAUGCAAAACUCUGAAAGUGGAAGAAAAAUAAAUCAGGCGAUGAUCUCUACCGGUAAGGCUGUAGCGACAACAAGUAAAGCUGUUGGUGGGGCGAUUUCUCAAGCGAAAGGGGCGUUCUCCAGUUGGUGGAACAAUUUGUUGGUGAGCCCCGAAUCUAUCCAGAAAGACGGAGAACUGCUGGAGGAAGAAUCCAGCGAUUUGGACAACUCUAAAUUGGAGAUCCUCAACGGUGAUCAGAAAAUAUCUAACGUAGUAGAUAAUAACGAGAACAAUAGUUACGACAUGAUUAAAACAGUAGAUACGACCGAAACGAAGAUUUUGAAUGAGAAUAAUUUCCACAAACCGGGCGAAGUACACACCGUUUAAAUUUUAUAUUUAUUCGAUCCAUAUUAGAUUUCGUUCUAGAUAUUUAUUGCGCUCAUUGAUAUUUCGAUAGAGGAGAUGGGGGAUUUCGAGCUUCGAGAUCUAUACAACGGACUGGAUGUCUUUUUGUAUAGGUCAGAAGGGGAAUUGUUAGAUUAGUGUAGUUGUAAAUAUGUGUAUGAUAUGGAAGAAGCGAAAAAAGGAAAGUAAUAAUCUUAAAGAAAUUUUAAUUCAAUUAAUUCUUUUUUUAUUACUAUUGGAACUCUUGCAAGAAGUAGAAAACAUUGAAGAUGUAGAGGAGAAAGUUGACUAAAAGAAGAGUGUUUUACACAAAUUUUUUUAAUUUAUUUGAAGGUUGAAGGUGUUACCUGAUUUCCAGAGGAUUUAUUAAGGAAUAUUCAUGCUCAGAUAGACUCAGAAUUACUCAAAUUUGAUUGUUUAUCUUUGUAUCUUUUAUUUUAUUCGAUACUGUUUGAAGAACUUCAACUUUUCUCAUUUAUCAUUUAUUCUAAAUUUUCUCUCCGUUGGCAGUUUAACAUUCAUCAUAUUUAGUCAAACUUGUAUCAAAUAGUAGUUCAGACAAACAUUCAGAUUCCGAAAGUUCACUUAACAAUCAAACUUCGAAGUAGUUGUCGAUUUAUUAAAAAAAAAAAAUUGUCAAUUGAAUAAGAGCAUCCCGAUAUUCAAAUAUGGCCAAAAUUAGUUUAGUCUGAAGCGUGUGCAAUCUAUGAAUAUAUACAGGGUGUUUGGAAUUGUUUUGAAUGCAUUUUAAACGGAUUUACUUACCGCACUUGUAGUUUGGAAGUAGUGCCACAUUUAUUUCCUAAAAAAAAAAUUUUUUUUGUUACUACUUAGUUGAGAUGUUUAUACAAAAAUGUCGACCUAUGUUCCUUGUGUAUUAUAUCGUGAUAUCUUUAUUUAGAAGGUAGAUAUUAGAUGAGUAGAUUAACGAAACAUCCGAGAUAUUUGUACUUAUGAAAAAGUUUUUAAAUUUGUUCAAUUACAAAACAUUUUUGAAUGACGGAAUUAGUUUCAGUAUGUAUAUAUUUUAUUAGAAUUUAUUUUUAAGUCAGUACAAUUCUAUUGUAUGAAUUAUAGUGAUUUUUAUUCAUAUUGUUUUCUGAAAUUUACUGCUCAAGACUACAUUUCCACUAUCAAUUUAAUAAUUGGUGGAAUGUGGUUUUGUAUCCAUUGAGAAAUAUUCAGCUGUGAAAUCAAAUUUUAUUAUUUUCUUAUGAAUUUUUGUUAAUAAAAUUUUUAUUGUU